CCCCCAAGGCGGCUCACCUGGAUCGCCGUGGCGGAAGCGCGCGGGCCUCCAGAGUCCCGGCCUCCUCACGAGCUCUUGGGCAGCGCGCGCGCCAGCGGACUGGUUCCCUGGGCCCUCGGCCGUUAACAGACCGUUAGGACGGGCAGCCGGAGGGGCUGCAGCGGAGCCGAGCGGCGCGGCGCAGGCGGAGCCCAGGGCUGGCGCUAAGGGGAGGGAGGAGGGAGGGAAAAAGGGAAGGAGGGAGGGAGACGGAGGCGCUCUCGGGACAGCUCGACCCGGCCAGGGGGGGGCGCUCCCCGUCGCUGCACGCAGAGCCCCAGGGCCGUCGCUUCCUCAUAAGCCGCCCAGCACUCUCCUUCUCUGCUUGGCCAGGCGGUUUAUCUUUUACGCUCCGGGCCACCUCCAUCUAGCUCCGGCUCUGCGCUCCCAGCCCCGCUACAGCUCCGGGUCCAGUCAGCUCGGCCCAACAACCAACGACUCCAGCUUCUCGUCUCCAUGACAAUAGCGCCCACGGCGCCCCGCCCAACCCCACCCCCGACCGCGGCGCUGUGACUCUGGAAGGAGGAGAAGGUCGACGUUAAGGGCGGAGCCAGUUGAAGGCGGCGACCAAUCAGAGGGCAAUCCUGGCUGCGAUAAAUCCUCAGCAAUGUGACGGCUCCAACAGUAGUUAGCUAAUGAAGAAAGUUGGAGCUGAUCGCCGCGGCUGGGAUGUGAUUGUCAUCCAGGGGCCGGCGCGCUAGAGUCUGCAACUGAGAGGGAGCAAGGGGAAAGGGGGGGAGGGGAGCGGGAAGAGGGGGGAGGAAAAGAGGGAGGGAAGAAGGGAGGGAGAGACAGAAGGAGGGAGGGGCAAGGGAACCAGCCAGCUAGCCUGAGAGGGAGAAGGAAAGGAAGAGAGGGAGAGGGAGAGGCGCUCCUGCCGGCCGGGUUGGCUGCGGCCGCCCAGCAGGAUCCUGCCAUUCCUUCCAUUGACAACACCCCGGGAAGGAGGAGCUUCGGGGCGCGUAGAAGGCGUCAGAAUCCUCAAUUUCCAACUUAGCAUCUUGGCAGGACCUUUGCGAAGCAAAAAGCAGAGCCCCCCCAGUCCAAAGGAAAAAAAAGAAAGAAAGAAAAAGAAAAAACCCUGAGAGCGAGGAGCCGCAGCAGGAGCAGAGGCAGCGCCAGCGUUAGCCCUACAGGCGCGGGGAGAGAACGAGGAGCCGCUGGAGCCGCGGAGAGCCCGGAGGCCAGGUGCUUAGCCGCCCGCCUUGCUAGUGCCGGGCGCCCAGCCGCCCCGGCACCUCUGCUCCUAGGGGGCUGACCGGGUUCCAUUCCGCGGCUGCACCGGGCACUGUAUGCCUCUGUUUGGCCAUGUCCUACCCUCAGGGCUACUUGUACCAGCCGUCUGCCUCCCUGGCACUCUAUUCCUGCCCGGCUUACAGCACCAGCGUCAUCUCGGGACCUCGCACCGAUGAACUUGGCCGCUCUUCCUCGGGCUCCGCUUUUUCUCCUUAUGCUGGAUCUACCGCCUUUACCGCUCCUUCCCCGGGUUACAACUCUCACCUCCAGUACGGCACGGACCCAGCUGCCGCAGCAGCCGCCGCCUUCACUUCGUACGUGGGCUCACCCUACGACCACACCCCGGGCAUGGCGGGGUCCCUAGGAUACCAUCCCUAUGCUGCACCCUUAGGGUCCUAUCCCUAUGGAGAUCCAGCCUAUCGGAAAAACGCCACUCGGGACGCCACGGCAACGCUCAAGGCCUGGCUGAACGAACACCGCAAGAACCCGUACCCUACUAAGGGCGAGAAGAUCAUGUUGGCCAUCAUUACCAAGAUGACCCUCACUCAGGUCUCCACUUGGUUCGCCAACGCACGGAGACGCCUCAAGAAGGAGAACAAGAUGACUUGGACUCCACGGAACCGGAGCGAGGACGAAGAAGAAGAAGAAAACAUCGACUUGGAAAAGAACGAUGAGGAUGAACCACAGAAGUCGGAAGAUAAGGGAGAGGCCGAGGCCCCAGAAACAGGGGGAGAUCAGAAGGCUGCUCCAAUAUGCGAAAGGCUGCAGGGGCCCCAUACUCCCGCAAGCAAGGAGGCCGAAGGCAACCUGAGCGACUCGGAUUUUAAAGAGUCCCACGAGGGCCGACUGGACGCUCUCCCAGGGGGUCCGAGGGCUGGCGGCCCUUCUCCCUCUGGCACGGUUGCAAGGCUGGGCGAGGAACCCUCGCCACACUAUCCCCCGGGAGCUUCAGCCCCACACCCAGAUGGAGAAUUGCCCUCCGGCCCCAGCGGGCCCUCGGUUAUUCACUCACCGCCGCAGGCAGUACUAACCAAGCCCAAAUUGUGGUCAUUAGCUGAGAUAGCCACCUCUUCGGACAAGUCCAAGGAAGGCGGCGGCGGAGGUGGUGAGGGUCCUCCUCCAGGGCAAGGGCCCACAGCCGGGCAAACCCUGGCUGGCAGCCGGUCGUCUCCCUCCCCGGCGCGUUCGCCCUCCGCUCAGUGCCCAUUCCCGGGAGGUGCAGUUCUGUCCCGGCCUCUCUACUACACUGCCCCUUUCUAUCCCGGCUACACGAACUAUGGCUCCUUUGGCCACCUGCACGGCCACCCAGGGCCGGGACCGAGUCCUGCCCCAGCCCCCGGCCCGCAUUUCAAUGGAUUAAACCAGACCGUGUUGAACCGAGCGGACGCUUUGGCUAAAGAAACGAAAAUGCUCAGAAGCCAAUCACAGCUAGACCUGUGCAAAGACUCUCCCUUUGAACUGAAGAAAGGUAUGUCCGACUUUUAACACGGGCUGCUUCGGCCCCGGACUUUUCUAAUUUAUUAAAACAUGGCCUUGGCAGUUAUUUUUCCACCACCAAGAGAGAAAAAUAAAAUAAACCCUCCUAUCCAAAAGUUUAUAGUUUAUGGAGAUGAGUGGCAUAAAAAUGUAAACAUCUCCGCCAAAAAUGUCUUAACCAACUGAAAA